AUGUGCUUAUUCUUCAGGCGGUACGUAAACAGUUUCAACUUUACUCAACCGUGGCUAUCAUGGCUUGCAGUCGGUGUUCUCACUGUCGCCACCAUACUGCUGUAUUUCGUGCCUUUACGUUGGAUCAUCAUGGUUUGGGGUAUCAACAAAUUCACCAAGAAGCUGCGCAAUCCUAACUUUAUCGACAACAACGAAGUGUUGGACUAUCUGUCCAGGGUACCGUGUGAUAAGGAUCUGGUGAGU